AUGGUGUCUCAGGGGAUUCAGAUCAUCGGGAUAUCCAUGUCUGUGAUUGGCUGGUUUCUGGUCAUUGUGGUUUGUGCGCUGCCCAUGUGGAAGGUCACUGCUUUCAUCGGCGCCAACAUCAUCACGGCUCAGACCAUCUGGCAGGGCAUGUGGAUGAACUGUGUGGUCCAGAGCACGGGUCAGAUGCAGUGUAAGGUGUAUGACUCCAUGCUGGCUCUGGCGCCGGACCUUCAGGCCGCUCGAGCCAUGAUCAUCAUCUCCAUCCUGGUCGGGAUCCUCGGACUGUGUCUGUCCAUCGCCGGUGGGAAGUGCACCAACUGCAUCGAGGACGAGCGAUCCAAGGCGAAGGCGUGCAUCGUAGCGGGAGUUUUGUUCAUCGUCUCGGGUUUGCUCUGCCUCAUCCCGGUCUCCUGGUCCGCCCACUCCAUCAUCAGGAACUUCUACAACCCGCUUCUGAUCGAGGCCCAGAGGUACGAGUUGGGAGCGGCGCUGUACAUCGGCUGGGGGGCCGCUGCUCUGCUGCUGAUGGGAGGGGGGCUCCUGUGCUGGAACUGCCCACCCAAACAUGAACACCCCCACUACGUCCCCAAAUUCUCACCUGUGAAGUCCGCCUCCACGUCCCGAGAAUACGUAUAA